AUGGCCACCACUGUUCGCGUCAAUGAACCGUCACACUACGAACACUGUCGUCCAGUACCAGUGGAAGAGCCGAAGUCAUGUUGGGCGGUCAUUUGUGACGCAUGGAAGAAGACAUAUUCACCAUCCGUCCUCACUCUACUCAUCUUCCUUCUCGCCACCGCUAUCAUCAUCGUCGCCAUGAUAUUCGAUGAUAUCACAAUUCCACGUCUCCUAACUGGAAUCGUCGGUCUACUCGUCUACAUUGUCACUAUUCCCAGUAUUUGGAUGGAUUUCCGUCGUGACUGCGAACCCCAACCGGAUAGAAACCAGGAGCUGCUACUGACUCAAGUAAAGAAGGUGCUUUUUGCGAAAGUUAGGUACCACUCGAUCAUCACCUGGUUGGCUAUCGUCAUGGUCAUCAGUACACCGAUUUGUGACGAUGAUGUUCUGUUUUUCAUGCUUCUAGUCGAUUGUGGUCUGAUGAUUGCAGUGGUUGUUCUCGGAGUGAACACAACUCAAAACGGACCACUUGGUGUUAGAGUUUAG